CAUUUCUGUGGCGCAUGCGCAUCGUUGGGACCGUGACGGGUUUCUUGUCAGUGGGGCUUUCUGGGUAUAGAGGCAGCCAUGCAUCGUACUUCCGGCGCCUCCUCGCAUGUUCUUAAAGUGUGUUUGGGAAGCACAUGCGGAGGGAAUGCGAGCAGAUAGAUCUUUCAGCAUUUCGAGCUCCAGCUCCGGGUAUCUAAACCCGAGGAUUAGGAACGGCACAAAAGGCAGACAGACAGACAGACAUACUUUAUUGAUCCUGAGGGAAAUUUGGUUUCGUUACAGUCGCACCAACCAAGAAUAGUGUAGAAAUAUAGCAAUCUAAAACCAUAAAUAAUUAAAUAAUAAUAAGUUAAUCAUGCCAAAUGGAAAUAAGUCCAGGACCAGCCUAUUGGCUCAUGGUGUCUGACACGAGGCAGGAGUUGUAAGGUUUGAUGGCCACAGACAGGAAUGACUUCUUAUGACGCUCAGUGUUACAUCUCAGUGGAAUGAGUCUCUGGCUGAAUGCACUCCUGUGCCCAACCAGUAUAUUAUGGAGUGGAUGGGAGUCAUUGUCCAAGAUGGCAUGCAACUUGGACAGCAUCCUCUUUUCAGACACCACCGUCAGAGAGUCCAGUUCCACCCCCACAACACCACUGGCCUUACAAAUGAGUUUGUUGAUUCUGUUGGUGUCUGCUACCCUCAGCCUGCUAUUCAAGUUAGAAUCUUCGUUCGAGAUUAACUUACAGUCAACCAGUUAGGAACAAAUUCCUUCCAUAGGCUUUAGUACUUGAGAAAAUGACCUUUGUUCUACCCCCUCUUGUUCUGGGCUAUUGAACUCUUAAGAAGGUGUUUUGUACCAUUCUUUCUUGGUCCAUAAAUGAUGUCAAACAGCUUAGUCCUGGGUAAUAAGUGACAUAUAGAUUUCACAUCACAGAACUGUAACACUUCAAUGAAAAGGCUACUGCCUCCCCUUCAUAUUCAUUGGCAUUGCUGUCAAUGAGUUCACCACUGUCAGUCACCGGGGGUGAAGGCGGCAGUCAGAGUAAUUAGAAAGUCUCUGGGAUCAUUCAUGUAAUAUCUUGUGCUCUUUCUGGCGCUGUGGGAUAUGAACUUGAAAUAAUACUAUUGGAGAAAGACAAACUGAGCCAAGUCACAGAAUGAAGACAGGCAGAAAUGGCCCAUUCUGCUACAGACUGAAUAACAGUCAGAGAAUUUGCUGGUCAGUCCAGAUUCCUGAUCCGUGCCUCCAACUUGUGUUGAACCUCACUGUAAUAACACUGUGAUGACAGAGUUCAGCAUAGAGACUAAAAUUAUUUCAUCUGAAAUGCUGUCCUUCUCCCAUUGAUGUAUUUUGUGAAUCUUUUUACAGGUUAGAAACGGCAAAAAAUUUAUGUACAGGAAUCUCAAACACAACAACACAUCAGUGUUGGCUGACUCUGACCAGAUAUUUCCUUUCUUACAUUGGUUGUUGAUCCUUGAAGAUGUAUCUCAUCCCAGCUGGAAACGUGCUUUGUGUCUAAAAUGAAGUUUUCUGUUGUAACUCAGUGAAAUCCACUGGAAUCGGGGGCUGAGGACUCACCAGAAUUUGUUCAUUAGAGAGAAGCUCUUCAACUGCAUUGAUUGUGCGAGGGAUUCACUACGUCUGAUUUCUGGAGUAUUGAUAUCAGUCUGGGAAGAGAUUCAUUCACUCAGCUGACACACAGACAUACCAGUGGAGUAUUGAUACACAGUGGGGAGAGGCCAUUCACCUGCUCAGACUCUGUGAAGGGAUUCACUCAAGUCAUCUGAUCUACUGGCACACCAGUCAGUUCACACUAGAGAGAUGCCGUUCACCUGUUCAGUCUGUGGGAAGGGAUUUCCUCAGUCAUUUCAGCUGAAGGUGCAUCAACGAGUUCACACUGGAGAGAAACCGUUCACCUGUUCUGUGUGUGGGAAAGGAUUCACUCAAUCAUCCAAUCUACGGAGACACCAAUCAAUUCACACCGGGAAGCGUCCGUUCACUUGCACAGUCUGUGGGAUGGGAUUCAUUCAGUCAUCUGACCUCCUGUCACACCAGUCAGUUCACACUGGGGAGAAGCCAUUCAUCUGUUCAGACUGUGGGAAAGGAUUUCCACGGUUAUUUCAAUUGAAGGUACAUCAGCGAGUGCACUCGAGGGAAAGGCCAUUCACCUGCCCAGACUGUGGGAAGGGAUUCACUCAGUCAUCUGAACUAAAAGUACAUCAACGAGUUCACACUGGGGAGCGGCCAUUCACCUGUUCAGACUGUGGGAAGGGAUUCGCCCACUCAUCUAACCUACAGACACAUCAGCGAGUUCACACCGGGGAGAGGCCAUUUACCUGCUCAGUCUGUGGGAAGGGAUUCACUCAAUCAUCUCAACUACUGGCACACCAGUCAGUUCACUCUGCGGAGAGGCCAUUCACCUGCUCAGACUGUGGGAAGGGAUUCACUCACUCAUCUAACCUACAGGUACACCAGCGAGUUCACACCGGGGAAAAACCAUUCAUCUGCUCAGAUUGUGGGAAGGGAUUCACUCAGUCAUCUCAACUGAAAGUACACCAGCGAGUUCACACGGGAGAGAGACCAUUCACCUGCUCAGAAUGUGGGAAAGGAUUCACUCAGUCAUCCAACCUACAGACCCAUCAACUAGUUCACACUGGGGAGAGGCCAUUCACCUGCUCAGAUUGUGGGAAGGGAUUCACUGAGUCAUCUCAACUGAAGGUACAUCAGCGAGUUCACACUGGGGAGAAACCAUUCACCUGCUCAGACUGUGGGAAGGGAUUCUCUCGGUCAUCUAAUCUUUUGGCACACCAGCGAGUUCACACCGGGGAGAGGCCGUUCACCUGCCCAGAGUGUGGAAAGGGAUUUACUCAGUCAUCAAAUCUACUGACACACCAGUCAGUUCACACUGGGGAGAUGCCGUUCACCUGCUCAGACUGUGGGAAGGGAUUUCCACGGUCAUUUCAACUAAAGGAACAUCGGCGAGUUCACACUGGGGAGAGGCCUUUCACCUGCUCAAACUGUGGGAAGGGAUUCACUCACUCAUCCCACCUACAGACACACCAGCGAGUUCAUACAGGAGAGAGGCCAUUCACCUGUUCUGUGUGCGGGAAGCGAUUCACUCAGUCAUCCAACCUACGAAGACACCAGUCAGUUCACACUGGGGAGAUGCCGUUCACCUGUUCAGACUGUGGGAAGGGAUUUCCAAUGUCAUUUCAACUAAAGGUACAUCAGCGAGUUCACACUGGGGAGAGACCAUUCACCUGCUCAGAUUGUGGGAAGGGAUUCACUCAGUUAUCACAUUUGCAGACACAUCAACGAGUUCAUACAGGAGAGAAGCCAUUCACCUGUUCCGUUUGUGGGAAUGGAUUCACUCAGUUGUGCAACCUGCGGACACAUCAGUCAGUUCACACUGGUGAGAAACCGUUCUCCUGCUCUGAAUGUGGGAAGAGAUUCACUCAGUCAUCCAACCUUGUGACACACUACAGAAUUCACACUGGGGAUAAAGGGAGGUCGUUCACCUGCUCCACGUGUGAGACGGAACUCAUUGAGUCACCUGAGCUAUUGACACAUCAGAGAGUUCACACCAGGGAGAGGCUGUUCACCUGCUCUUUAUGUGUGAGGGAAUUUCCUCAGUCAUCCCACAUGCAGACACUUGAAUUUGCUAAAAUGACUGGACGAGGGAAAACCGGAAAGGCCAAGAGCAAGCCCAAGUCUCGCUCGUCCCGGGCCGGACUGCAGUUCCCGGUGGGCCGUGUUCACAGGCUCCUGAGAAAGGGUAACUAUGCUGAGCGGGUGGGUGCCGGAGCCCCGGUCUAUCUGGCCGCUGUGCUCGAGUAUCUGACGGCUGAAAUCCUCGAGUUGGCCGGUAACGCGGCCCGGGACAACAAGAAGACCCGCAUCAUCCCCAGACACCUGCAGCUGGCCGUCCGCAACGACGAGGAGCUCAACAAGCUGCUGGGAGGGGUGACCAUCGCUCAGGGCGGGGUGCUGCCCAAUAUCCAGGCCGUGUUGUUGCCCAAGAAAAGCGGCGCGCCCGCCAACCCCAAGGUAGGUGGCGGUAAUGCUUCUCCUGAGAGGCGCAAGUCGCCAUCGGCACAAAAGAAGGAGAAGAUGGGAGAGAGACACUUCAACUGUUCCGUGUGUGGGAGCAGAUUCACUCGGUCAUCUGAUCUGUUGACUCAUCAGCGUAUUCACACUGGAGAGAGGCCAUUCACCUGUUCAGAAUGUGGGAAGGAAUUUACUCAGUCAUCUCACCUACAAACACACCAGUCAGUUCACACUGGAGAGAGGCCAUUCACCUGUUCAGAAUGUGGGAAGGGAUUCACUCUGUCAUCACAUCUACUGACACACCAGUCAGUUCACACUGGGGAGAGGCCGUUCACCUGUUCAGACUGUGGGAAGGGAUUCACUCAGUCAUCUCAACUGAAGGUACAUCAGCGAUUUCACACUGGGAAGAGGCCGUUCACCUGCUCGGACUGUGGGAAGGGAUUCACUCUGUCAUCCCACCUACAGACACACCAGCGAGUUCACACUGGGGAGAGGCCAUUCACCUGCUCAGACUGUGGGAAGGGAUUCAGUCAGUCAUCUCAACUGAAAGUACAUCAGCGAGUUCACACUGGGGAGAGGCCGUACGUUUGCUCAGAGUGUGGGAUGGGAUUCACUCACUCAUCCAACCUACAGACACACCAGCGAGUUCACACUGGAGAGAGGCCUUUCACCUGCUCAGACUGUGGGAAAGGAUUCACUCAGUCAUCUCAACUGAAGGAACAUCAGCGAGUUCACACUGGGGAGAGGCCAUUUUCUUGCUCAGAAUGUGGGAAGGGAUUCACUCAGUUAUCUCACCUAAUGUCACACCAGCGAGUUCACACUGGGGAGAGGCCUUUCACCUGCUCAGACUGUGGGAAGGGAUUCUCUCACUCAUGCAACCUACAGAGACACAAGCGAGUUCACACUGGGGAGAAGCCGUUCAGCUGUUCUCUGUGUGGGAAGGGAUUCACUCAGCUAUGCAACCUACAGUCACAUCAGACAAUUCACACUGGUGAGAUGCCGUUCACCUGCUCAGAAUGUGGGAAGGGAUUCACUCGGUCAUCUCAGCUGAAGGUACAUCAGCAAGUUCACGUGGGGGAGAUGCCAUUUACCUGCUCAAACUGUGGGAAGGGAUUUCUUCACUUAUCUCAACUGAAGGCACACCAGCGAGUUCACACUGGGGAGAGGCCAUUCACCUGCUCAGACUGUGGGAAGGGAUUCUCUCAAUCAUCUCAUCUACAGAGACACCAGCAAGUUCACACAGGGGAGAGGCCGUUCACCUGUUCCAUGUGUGGGAGGAGAUUCACCCAAUUAAGCCACCUACAGGCACACCAGUCAAUUCACACUGGGGAGAGACCGUUCACCUGCUCAGACUGUGGGAAGGGAUUCUUUCGAUCCUCUGACCUGCUGGCACACCAGCGUGUUCACACUGGGGAGCGGCCGUUCAUCUGCUCACACUGUGGGAAGGGUUUCACUCGGUCCUCCACCCUUGUGGCGCACUACCGAGUUCACACUGAGGAGAAGCCAUUCAUCUGCUAGGACUGAGGAGGAUUGUCCGGCUGGAACAUCAGAUAGUUCAUACUGCGGAGUUGCCUUUCUUCUGCUCUGAAUGUGGCAAAGGGAUUCUGUCGGUCAUCCAAGCUUGUGAAACACUACCGAGUUCACACUGGGAAAAAGGUUUAAUAAGCUUCUUUCUGGAUGUUUAACCAUCACAGUUGCUGAAUCCAGAUGCAAGUUCAAAAGUGACUGUUGGUGUUGAACUCUGCAAUUAUUACUGCUGCUCAUCACACCCAGUUCUGCACCCUGACCACUGGGCAUGGGAGGAGUUUCUUCUGCUGAUGUUCACCUUUACUGGGACUGGAGUUUCAUGUUCUGAAUCUGUGACUAAUAAAUCAGUUCUAUUUUAAACUCUGUCUCAGGUGCCUAGUGAAUCUCAACACACCUUGUGUACAGUAUGCAGGCAACUCAGCCCAGCUGGUCCCGGCCUGUGUUUCUGUUCCACAACAAUACUUUUAAAUCCAUCCCUGCUGUUCGCCUCUCACCUUCCCUGUGGUUCCAGACAGUCACCACUCUGUGGGUGUAGGGGUUUCCCUUGAAUUUCCUGCAUGACUUUCUGCAGACUGACGAAGAAGAUAAGCUGACUAUAGUUAUAUUCUUCAUCCCUGAAAUCGCUGGGCCAAGGAAGAAUGCGAUUGGUAGUCAGCCUCCUUAGUCCCUGCUCUUUUAACAUUUUUCGUUGCUUCUGAAGGGCUGUGUAUCACACAGCUGGGUUGUUAGAAUACAGCGCUAUCCCCCGAAGACUAUAAGCAGAUUUGGAAUCUGAGACUACAUCCACACUAGACUGGUUAAUUUUGAAAACGCGGUUUCAAGUAAAAAUGAUAGAUGUCCACACUAUGCGUUUUUGAAAAUAUCUCUAUCCACACUGAAAUGGAGAUUUCGGCGAAUCUCCUCCUACUGGGUAUGCGCAAGACGCAUCUACAGAAAACAAGUGACGUGUUUGGUGUCGAAUCUCGACAUAAAAGUGCGCAUUUGUGUAGUUACAGACUAGAAAAAAUUAAAAUGACAGACAGCUUUUGGCUCUCGUGCAGGAGAACUUAAAACUAAAAAAAAACAAAUACUGGAGCGAACACGAGGAAAUCUGCAGAUGCUGGAAAUUCAAACAACAACACACACAAAAUGCUGGUGGAACACAGUGGCCAGGCAGCAUCUAUAGGAGAAGCACUGUCGACGUUUCGGGCCGAGACCCUUCGUCAGGACUGAAGCGUACUGGAAAAUACUGGAGCGUACGGCGGCAACCAACAGGGAAUUCACGGACAGAUUGACCCGGCUGAUGACGAACAUUGAAAAACUGACUAACUCUGUUGCACCUUGUUAAACGUACAAAACAGGUCUGCAUCAGUGUUAUCUUGUAUUUCCAUACAAUGUUACAUUAGGCUGUUACACAUCUAUUGUCAGAGAAGUACUUACAUAAAUAGGGAAACCACCUUCAUAUGAGCAAGGACAGAAAUCGGCAAAGUGAGUACAGUAUACUUAUUUAUUCAGUAAGUUAUCGGUCGAAAUAUUUGGUGAGUACAUUUCUAACUCUUCUGGCUUCAGUCUCAUUGCCGUCUGUUCUGAAAUUGUUAGGUUGCGUUCAAGAAAACAAUGAAAUAGCGCGCUGCCGUCUGACAGCGUUUUCAAAAGUCUCCGGUUAUACCAUUCACACUUAUCUACCCGAGCAGCGUUUUCAAAAAUAUCCACCUUGGAAAGCGUUUUUGAAAAGCUCCAGUUUCAGGAGACGAAAACGCCAUUUUAGUGCGAACGGAGGGUAAAAGCGAAGAGAAAAAGCUUCGGUUACGGACUUAUCUGGUGUAGAGUGGAUGCAGCCUAAGUGACAGAAAUAAAGGUCGACGUCGACUGAUGACGCAAAGAAUGCCUGUUGACUUUAAGCUUAUUGCUUGUGGGAGCUUGCAGUGUUAAACUGGCUACUGAGUUCUCAUAAAAACGUUGGUGGCAUUUGACAGGGAGGAGGCACUUUCAAUGGCACUGUGCAUACUUAGAAAUCCGUGAGCAUCCGAACGACCUAUCACUGCAAAUCGAGUGCACAGGGCCCGGGAGUCUUUGGUCCAGCUGUUUAAUUUUUAUUGUGACUUUCUUUGCAGUUUAACAAUUAAUUAUCUGCUUGUAUUUUAAGUAUUGCAUAACAGUUUAAUAUGCCUUUAGUGGCUAUACAAAGAAUAAUUCUAGAAGUUUCUUUGUACUUUAUUAAGUGUUUUCUCAUUGGUCGAUUUUUACUGAGUAUUGAUUAAGUUGUUUCUAGUUGGAUUAUUAUUAUCUAUAGAUUUGAAUGGAAUUUUCCUUAUCUUGGGUAUAAAAGCAACAGUUUUAUGUUAGGUGCCCUCUUUACUUUCUCUCUGUUCUUCAAGUAUUAGACCCCUGUCGCUGUUCUAUU